AUGGAAUCACUUCGUGCGGGAAAAUUGUUCAUUGAUCUUCACAAUGAUCGCCCGAAGACGUACGUGGAAGCCAUUCAGAGGGCCAGCCGACAGGCAGACACUGAGGAGGCGAUAAGGCAAAAGAGGCAGCGAGAGGCUGCCGGGUCGAGCUCUAAGAAACCUCGACCUGAGUCACGAAGUCGGACUGAACCUGAACGUACCAGUCGCCCUGAGGCGCGAUGGGGCCCCGAGAGAAUGGGCGCACCUCCUCAUCGACCUACCAUGGCCCAGCCUGUCCAAGAGGUGAAAGAUUCCCUACCUCCCCCCUCCGCCGCUGAAACCCGGAGACCAACCCGAGGUCUUACCUCCGGGGGGGACGUCCUCCAAAAGGGUGCACCGCCCCCACCCAACCAGUGGAGACGGUACUCACGACCCGAGAAGUCAGAGCCACGAUCCGACCGAGGAAAACAGCCCGCCUCUGAGGAAGAGGAGGCCAACUGGAAACACAAGCCCGUCAUCAAUAUGAUUGUGGGUGGACCAGAAGGUGGAGAUUCGUCAAGCUCUCGCAAAGCUUGGGCUCGGCAACUAUAUGUAGGGACCAUCUACGGACGGGAUGAUAGCCUGAAAAAGGUAUGUCGAGGACCCAUUUUAUUCACAGAUGAGGACCUACCCCAGAGCAAACAUCCUCACCGGGAUGCCUUGGUUAUCGCUAUGGAUGUUCAUGGCACGGUGGUCCGAAGAGUUCUGGUAGACACGAGAAGUAGCAUAAAUGUCCUCUACCUAGAGGUAUUUGAAAGUUUCACUGGGGACUCGGUCGAGUCGGAAGGAUCCAUUCGCCUACCAGUCGAGAUCGGUACGUAUCCGAAUCUCCGAAGUAUAGAAAUGGAAUUUGUCGUAGUAGACUUAUCCUGUUCUCACAACAUGAUCUUGGGCCGACCUGGCCUGGAGGAUCUAGGAGCUCUUAUUUCCCUUGAGCACCUUUGUUUGAAGUUCCAAACCCCAAAUGGAAUAGGGGUCGCACGUUGUGAUCAAAAGGCGGCUCGGGAUUGUUAUUUACAAUCUUGCCGACAAAUCGGCAAGAAGGAUAUGAGGGUUCACCCCAUUACAAGCCGGACAGAACAUCUUAAAUCCCUCGAUCGACCGAAACCAGCAGUCGAGCUGGAAGAAGUAGAGACUGACCCUUCACACCCUGAAAGACGGGUAAAGAUUGGAAUCGGCUUGACUGAGAAAGUCAAGCAGGAGAUAAUUCAGGAAUUACAGAAAUAUCAGAAGGUGUUCACCUGA